AUGGUGGCUCCUACGAGAAGAAGCUUGGAACUCAUUCCCAACGAGACUGCUCGAAAGAUGGCAUUUCGGAAGCGAAAGAAGAGCGUUUACAAGAAGGCGGACGAGCUCUCCAAACUUUGUGACAUUGAUGUGGCCUUGAUUGUCUACGAAGCUGACCAAAGGAAGGGGAUUAGGCCAGUUCAGCCGGAGACGUGGCCGCAAGAUCCAGUUGAAUUCAAUCGCAUUCUCGGCAGGUACAAGACUUCCAAGGAUGCUGCUGCCCCCGGUUUCCUAAAGAGAAGCUUCAGUUUGUCUGAUUUUUAUGAGGCCAAGAUGAAGAAAGGUGAUGACGGUGAUGACGGUGAUGGUGGUGAUGGUGGUGAUGGUGGUGAUGGUGGUGAUGGUGAUGGUGAUGGUGAUGAUGAUGAUCAUGUCGAUCCCAAGCUUCAAAAACCGGGCAAUAAGCACAUUUCCGAGAAUAAGUACCCAACAUGGGAUGCUCGAAUUGACCUAUUUUCAGAAGAUGAAUUGAUUAAACUCAUUGCUUCACUCGAAGCCAAGAUACAGGCAUCAACACUGGAGAUUGAUUCCAUGGAAAGAUAUUAUGCUGUGAAACAAAAUCAAAAUUUAUCCCGAACUCACUCAAGCUCAAGCAAAACACCGCGAUGCUUGAGCCCUGCAUAUUUUGAUGUGCAGUUGCCCCCCUCUCAGGACCUUGUAAAUCCAUUUAUUCACGACGCAUUAGGCCAAAAAGUUACUCAUGAAUCGGCCCAAUGGGGUGGUUUUAAUAAGAAUCCGGUGAAUUCUACUACUACUAGUACUACAACUUCAGUCAUGGAAUCGAAGAAUCCAAUUAUUACUACUACUUCAGUCAUGGAAUUGAAGCCUCCAUUGCCUGUGAAAUGUCCAAUGCUGCCAAGUGCGUGGAUUUUGAACUCAGAAUUACAGAAGAAGAUUUAA